AUGGUGAGCGGCAAUCUUUUCAACUGUAAGAAGAAUUCAUGGCCGCCCGAGGAGUACAUCAGCAGAAACACUUUGCAAUUACUUGAUUUUGAUAGUGCUGCUCCGCCAGAGCAAGCCUGGAGAAGAAGACUAAACAGCCAUGCAAACAUUCUCAAAGAAUUUACCGUUACUUUUAGGGAAGCAAUAAAAUUGGUUCGACUGGGUAUACGCCUGUGGUCUUAUGUCAGGGAGGAGGCCUCUCAUGGAAGGAAAGCACCUAUUGAUCCCUUCACCCGUGAAAGUUGCAAGCCAUCAGCAUCGCUGGGAGUUCCACUAGGAGGGAUGGGAAGCGGCAGCAUAUCAAGAGGUUUUAGGGGUGAGUUCAGGCAGUGGCAAAUUAUACCAGGUCUACGUGAAGCUUCACCUGUCAUGGCCAAUCAGUUUUCUAUCUUUAUAUCUCGAGAUGGAGGGACUAAAAAAUAUGCAUCAGUUUUGGCUCCAGGUCAGCAUGAAGGCAUUGGAAAGGCUGGUGAUAAGGGGAUAUCAUCUUGGGGCUGGAAUUUGAGUGGGCAGCAUUCCACAUACCAUGCUUUGUUUCCUAGGGCAUGGACAAUAUAUGAUGGUGAACCAGACCCAGAAUUGAAAGUAUCUUGUCGGCAGAUAUCACCAUUCAUACCACAUAAUUACAGAGACAGCAGUCUUCCUACGGCAGUUUUUGUAUAUACGUUAGUGAACACUGGGAGAGAAAGGGCAAAAGUCAGCCUUGUCUUUUCGUGGGCUAACUCAAUUGGGGGAAUCUCGCACUUGUCAGGAGAUCAUGUGAAUGAACCAUUUAUAGGCGAGGAUGGAGUCUCCGGCGUACUUCUACAUCACAAGACUGCAAAGGGCAACCCACCUGUUACAUUUGCAGUAGCCGCAUGUGAAACUCAGAAUGUGAGUGUAACUGUUCUGCCUUGUUUUGGUCUAUCUGAAGGAAGUUGUGUUACGGCUAAGGAUAUGUGGGGUGCCAUGGUACAGGAUGGAAAAUUUGAUCAAGAAAAUUUCAAAUCUGGACCAAGCAUGCCUUCUUCGCCUGGGGAGGCGCAUUGUGCUGCAGUUUCUGCUUCCGCUUGCGUGGAACCUCAUGGAAUGUGCACCAUUGCUUUUGCUCUUGCAUGGUCAUCUCCAAAAGUAAAAUUUUGUAAGGGAAGCUCUUACAAUAGGAGAUACACAAAAUUUUAUGGCACUUCGGAAAGAGCAGCUCAGAAUUUGGUACAUGACGCCCUUACAAAUUAUAAGCGAUGGGAGGAGGAGAUUGAGAAAUGGCAAAAUCCAAUCCUUAAGAGUGCAAGGCUCCCAGAAUGGUACAAGUUCACAUUGUUCAAUGAGCUCUAUUUCUUGGUUGCUGGUGGAACAGUUUGGAUUGACUCGUUGAAGCCAGCUGCAGACAUGGAAAAUGGCCAUCUAACAAACAUAGGGACGAUAGAUGUCGAUGGAAAUGGUACUGAAGUGUGUUGCAGUGCAUCUGCCGAGCAUGCUACUACUGGUGAUUGUAAUGCUUACUAUAAUGGUGAAGUAAAUGAGCGAGAACCAGUUCAUGCUAAUUUUUCCUCCAUUGAUUCAACAACACUCCCCGAGAGGGGGAACCUAAACCAUUCUACAUGGCCUUCCGCGUUGCUGGACCAAAAACAUGACGGCGAUGAUGUUGGUAGGUUUCUAUACUUAGAAGGUGUGGAAUACAUCAUGUGGUGCACAUAUGAUGUGCACUUCUAUGCAUCCUUCGCACUUCUCGAGCUGUUUCCCCGAAUUGAGCUCAGUAUCCAGCGUGAUUUUGCCAAAGCUGUCUUAUCUGAGGAUGGUAGAAAAGUUAAAUUUCUUGCAGAGGGUAAUACUGGAAUUCGCAAGGUUAGAGGAGCAAUUCCUCAUGAUCUGGGAACACAUGAUCCUUGGAAUGAAAUGAAUGCAUAUAACAUACAUGAUACAAGCAGAUGGAAGGAUCUGAACCCAAAGUUUGUGCUUCAGGUAUAUAGAGAUUUUGCUGCAACCGGGGAUAUGUCAUUUGGGGUUGAUGUUUGGCCCGCUGUUCGUGCUGCUAUGGAAUACAUGGAACAAUUUGAUAGGGAUAAUGAUGGCCUUAUAGAAAAUGAUGGAUUCCCAGAUCAAACAUAUGAUACCUGGACAGUUCACGGUGUGAGUGCUUAUUGUGGUGGAUUAUGGCUUGCGGCACUUCAAGCUGCUGCAGCAAUGGCUAUUCAAGUUGGCGACAGAUACUUUGCUGAAUUGUGCAAAAGCAAACUUUUGAAAGCUAAAUCUGCAUUUGAAACAAAGCUGUGGAAUGGUUCUUACUUCAAUUAUGACAGUGGGGUAAGUAGUAACAGUAAAUCUAUUCAGGCAGAUCAGCUGGCCGGCCAGUGGUAUACAGCAUCUUCAGGCUUGCCUUCAUUAUUUGAUGAUUCUAAAAUCAAAAGUUCUCUUCGGAAAGUGUAUGAUUUCAAUGUAAUGAAAAUCAAAGGAGGCAGGAUGGGUGCUGUAAAUGGAAUGCAUCCCAAUGGAAGAGUGGACGAGACUUGCAUGCAGUCUCGUGAAAUUUGGACUGGUGUUACCUAUGGUGUGGCUGCUGCCAUGAUUCAGGCUGGCUUGGAAGAUGAGGGAUUUGCUACUGCUGAAGGUAUUUUUCUUGCCGGCUGGUCAGAGGAGGGCUAUGGGUACUGGUUUCAGACUCCUGAGGCAUGGACCGUUGAUGGGCAUUAUCGAUCCCUACUUUAUAUGAGGCCACUAGCAAUUUGGGGAAUGCAAUGGGCAUUGUCCCUUCCUAAGGCAAUUCUUGACGCCCCUAUGAUCAAUAUUAUGGACAGAAUUCAGACAUCUCCGAGUGCAAGGUUCUCUCAUGCAGAAACAGGAGGAAUAAGAAAGAUUGCAACCAAAGCAAAGUGCCUUGGGAAUUCCGUUUUUAAUUGUGCUUGCUGAUUUUUGUACUUGAAAACAGGCUUUUGCUACUAUUGUACCUUCCCCUCCCUCCUCUCUUUAGUUUGUGAAAAGCCCAUGUUUAGUUUCUGCUCUUGCUCGAGUUGAGAGCUUCAAGUGUACUGGGGUACUGGGAUGGAAAUGAGUUCCCAGUACUUUCCAACUGAAAGGAUAGAAGAGAAACUUUCAACUUUUGUAUCAAAAUGAUAAAAAUAUACAAUUGUAGAGGUUACUGAUUAGUGCCCAUA